CGUCGCGCCGGCCGCAGCUUCAGUCUGCAGCCGUAGGUCGUGCAGCGCGGAUAGGAACAGUUUGCCUUGCGGUGUGGGUAAGAGCGCGGCGCCCCCAUGUCGCGGAAGCUGCUAAAGUUCCUCAUCCUGUUCGACAACACGAACCUACUCUACUUCCCCGGGCAGUUCCUGUCGGGGCGCGUGCUCAUGGAACUGGAAGAUGAGACACCUGCUCUGGGUCUGCACUUCCACGUGGUGGGCGAGGGCGUGGUGCGGCUGAAGGGAGCGCGCGCCGCACGCAUCUACGAGAGGGAGAGCUACAUAGACUUCCGCAUGCGCCUGCUGGGCGAACCAGGUCAGCGCGGCGCCGUGAUGCUGUCUGCGGGCAUCCACAGCUUCCCGUUCAAGCUGGGCCUGCCGCUGGGGCUGCCCUCGACGUUCCUGGGCCAGCACGGCUGGGUGCAGUACUUCUGCAAGGCGGCGCUGCGCCAGCCCUCCGGCCUCACGCACAAGAACCAGCAGGUCUUCAUCGUCAUGAACCCCAUAGACCUCAACCUCGAGCCCGCCGCACUCGCCGAGCCGUUCCAGUGCGAGGUGGAGCACCAGCUGGGCGUGCGCUGCCUCAACUCGGGGCCCGUCGUUUGCCGCGUCUCGCUGGACCGCGGCGGCUACGUGCCCGGCGAGACCAUCGGCAUCUCGGCCAGCGUGCACAACCGGAGCCGCGUCACCAUCAGCUCCACAAAGGCUUGCCUCACCGAGACAAUCCAGUAUGUGUCACGCAAUAAAGUGGUGCAGACAGAAACUCGUGAGCUGGCAGCUCUGAGUCGCGGUAAGGUGCGGCCUGGGGACUCGGACGAAUGGCGCGGGGAGCAGCUGUAUGUGCCGCCACUGCCGCCCACCAAUCUGCGUGGUUGCCACCUCAUUAAUGUCCAGUAUGAUGUCUAUUUCAUCGUAGAACCAAAGAGCCUGGAUAAGGAGAUUAAGGUGCAACUACCCAUCAUGCUUGCCACAUAUCCAUUUAGAAAUCAAGAGGGCACACUGCAGCGUAAACAGGGCACCCACUAUCCGUCAACACUGCCCAUUUUCCGACCGUGGCUUGAAGAGAAGACAUUUGACUGAAAUAGCACUGGUAAAGACUGUGCUUGCGAAUUUGUCAUAAAUAACAAGUGCACUUCUUGUGAAGUCCUUCAUUUAUUGCUGUGAUCUGAUACGUAGACCCAAGAUAUAUGUCUGUCUGAAACAGUGCAGGUCACUGUACUAACUGUUUGCAAUGCUAGAAAGUUUCUACCCAUAGUAAAUGAUCUCUUGUAAUCAGUUUACUAAAAGCAUUUUGAUUAGCAACUGGAGUGCAUGAAAUGUUUUUUCAAAGGCAGUUUGAGUAUUAUUAAUCAAAUGUUAAAAACACUAAGUAAUGUAACAAGAGUUAUUUAAAUAAAUAACUAAUAUUUAGUGGUUUAGCUUUAAAAACAAUACCAACAGAACAGCAUUAUCAUUUGUGAGGUCUGUUGUCUCAUGUACAUGUGAAUACACCACCGUAAAUUAAUACUUUAAAAAAAAGCACACCCACAUUUAUGUUCUUAAUCCUAACUAAACAUGUAAUAAGUGAAAGUAUUUAUUGUACAAAGUAACAAUUCAUUUAUCAAGGAAAAAGUUUGACACAUUUAUUUAGUAUAUCUGUCAAUAUUAUUAGCCUCAUAGGACAGUGUCAUUAACUGUAAUAUUGACCUGUAACAACUAUCAUAUCAUUGUAAUACUUAUAAACUAGUCUUCAGUCAUGAAUUCUACAUUUCAGUUGAAAGUGUUUAUUCUAAUAUUGUGGAUAGAAACAUAAAACUGGCAGGAAAGAAAUUGUUUCAGAUACUUUAUAUAUUUCUGUAAAUAUGUGCCAAUUGUUAGGAAUCAAUAUAUCUAGAGUUAAUUCUAUUUGUUUUACAGCUACUAAAUUAUUAUUAUUAGUAGUAUUAUUAAAUGUAUAUUGAAAGAAAUUUUUGUGAAUUCUCAAGGAAUCUAACUGUGAAAGAAAGUUGUAGUGGGAUAAUAGGAGGAGUGAAGGUAGCCACUUACUGUAUAGUUGAAGUGUUGAACGGUCAUUAAGUACACAGACAAAUUGAAAACACCAAAGUUUAACUGUGUCGUGAGUAGUUACCUUUAAUCCUUCCAUUAUUUACUAAGGGAUUUUUCAACUAUAAGGCAUAACCAUGUGUAACUUUCAUUUUGUAAGUAAGAGUAUGUGGGAGGAAUUACAGUGUUUAUGUGGUCUGUUUAUCCAGAAACAGUCACAAACAAGGAACAAAACUAUGAACCACUAUGGCUAUCCCAGGCAUCCACAAGAGGGGGAACUGUCUCCACCCCCCCCCCCCCCACACCCCCUCCCGUCCCACUCCCCCCUGCUGGAUGAGAGGAUAACCAUCAAUUCCCUGGGAUAUAAUAAGUUUUUUUGUGUCACCUAUAAGAUUUAGUUCUAGUGACGUGACAUCUUAGAAAUGACAAAAUCAUUUAUAUGCAAAAUGACAAUUUUAGAGUCCUUCCCCCCCGCCCCCCCUCACCCCCUUCUCAGCCCGGAAUAAAUUUCUGUGUAUACCAUUAUCAUUUUUGUUAUUACCAAUGAUGAAUGUAUAUAAACAGAAAGAGACAGAGAUACAAAGCUAUAUUACUUAGAGUACUAAGAAUGCCAUCAAAAGCAAAACGUAAUCAUGGAGAAAGAAAGGAAUUUUGAAAAUGUCAUCAUGUAAAUCAAAAUUGAACUCACAAAAGUACUUGCUUAAAAAAUGGUACUCUUUAUGCGCACCAACAUCCAGGUGGAAAAGCCAUGAUAAAAAUGAAUUGAGGUAGAAUAUGUAAAAAAAUGGGAUUUUAUUUUAGGUUGUAAACUAAGAAUUUGUAAAUGGGAUGAAACAGCAGAGAGAGAAUUAGUAUCACUAGAGAGCAUUUGGUGCUUCUGUUCUCCAAGAAAUGGGGGAAUGAGUAAAUUUUACAGGAAAAUAUCCAAAGAUUUGUCUUGUACAUAAGAGGUUUGAAGGAGUGUGCAUAUUAGCACUAUUCUUGAACUGACAAUGACACAGAAUUAAAAGAGAUGCUAACAAAUAAUCAAAAAGAAAAGUUGCAUAUUGACUACGAGAAAUUAAAGAAGAGGUGUCAUGGCAGUAAGAAAAGCUUGAACUGAAAAGUAUUUCUGAUUAGAUAUCAGAGAAAUGUGGGGGAAGUCAACAAACAAGUUAAAGGACAGUGGAUGCUGAUAUAUUAAUUAUAAAUAUUUUGACUACAAAAAGUGGUUUGGCAACACCAGCAACACUGCUUAAAAUUUUCUUAACAGAAAUGAAUUGGGGAGGGGCUGAGAUUGGGGCAAAUGAGGUAUCCAUAAAGCCAUAGUGUAUGCUAAAAAAGAAAAAAAAGAAAAAUAUGGAUGGAACGUGUGAGUUCACUCAUGAGAGAGAGAGAGACCACAAAAUUUUUUGGUCAUAACAUGGGUGCUUCAACAAGCAGAGGUUAGCUGCAGUCCUAGAAUUUCUGUAAAGUGCUCAUUUUAGAAGAGCAUUAAGAGAGAAUGGGGAAGCCUUUGCUUUGGAGGGAAUGGAACUCUGUCAGAUGAUGAAAAAGGACAGCUUUACCAGUCAGCGAAGCAGAUUUCACUUUCCCCUGUAUGUACUGUGCUGACUUUAUGUUCCUACAACAUGUUUCCUGCUGUCUUUCUGCUCUCCUUCUGCAACUGUAGAGCGAGUCAGUCAGAAAGAACAAAUUUGUUCAAAAUGUUGAGAUGAUAAAACUGAAGAUGUUUCAUAUAAUACGGUGAUUGUUCAACUUUUACUUAUUGUUCUUAGAACAAAUGUAUGUGAACUGGAGUCAGCAAUAUCAUCAGAAGUAAUUUAAUUAUAUUAAGGGUGCUUUUUCAUGAAAAUUUCAAGGACUUUCAAGAUAAAAAGUAAUGAACUGAGCAAAUGGGAUAUCACAUGGGUCUUCCUUUCUACCAUCAGAGGAAGGGACAUUACUCAGACUUUUAAACAUACACACAUUUCUUUUAUUUGGCAAGAAGCAGUUCCUAUGAUAGUCACUUUCUCAGCAAAUAGUGGCUUUUGGUUCAUUUUAUUUGAAUUUAGCUUCAUUGGCAGCAAUAGUCAUACUUCACAUUUUGUCUGACUGACUUCAUUGUUUUUCAGUAUGGAAGUUUGUAAGUGUAUUAGUAAAAAUAAUUUUUUCCUCUCAGCUAUAUGAUUUGUUCCUUUUACCCUCAGCAUAAUGAAAUAAAUAUUUCAUAUGUGUAAAUAAAGUUCCAGUGUGUAAUCCAGAUAUAAUGUACCAAUAGUUUAAUAACUUACAUUUCUUUGUGGGCCCAACUCUAACCAGGAUUAAAAUGAUUUUGUACUGUUUCUUUGAUUUGCUCUUAAAUGUCCAGUACUGAAAUGUAACUCUCUUGAAUAAUCAAUAUGUACAUGUAGUAACAAUUGAUAGCGUAUAUUACGUCUAUAACAGAAAUAUAGAAAUAUUAGUGUAGGACCAUGUAAUAAUAAGUUUUUCGUAUUUUAAAAGUGGAGUUUGUCACUGUAGGAAAGAAUUAGUGACAAACUGAAACUUUGUACUAGUGUUUCAUUAAUUCAUUCAGUAGGUCCAAUUUGGAAGAGAAAAUUAAAGGCUGUAGGUACUUAUUCAGCCACCACAAAUUACUUAUGAAGUUUCUUUAUUCAACUGAUUACAAAUGACUUGUAAUAAAAAAUACUUUAAAGGAAAAUGUAUAUGGUUAGCAUAAAAGCAACUACUUUGAAAAAAGCUACUAUUUUUCUGUGUGUACUGUUUAGCGUUUAGUCAAUGUAGGCCCUCCUUAUGAAUGAAGGCAUGCUUGCAAUAAGCACUGUCACCUAUGUCUAUUUUUAAUCCCAAAAUUUGUGCAAUGUAAUUAAUGUUUCAGUAGCUUAAGUGAUAGGUGCAGAGUCCAAGUUCUACUACAAUGCUUUUCUUAUUUCUCCAGAAAGUUUAUACAGGUGCACACUCAUCACAUCACUAUGUGUUAACACUAAUAAGUGGUUCAGUUCAAUACUGAACACACCUAGUCCACAUAAAUUUUUGGCUAUGAUAAUCUAAAGAGCAAUACUUCACUAAAAGAGUGUUAAGACAUUGUGAUUUUACCAAAUAUGUAUGUAGAUAAUACAUUUUUAUGAAAUAUUUCUAAUUAAAAAUUAUAAUGUUCCUUAAUAA